GUGUGUUACAACCCUUGGAAAAAAAUCCUCAUUGGUCCACAUGUGAUACUUGCUAAUAACCCAUACUAAUUCUGCUAUGGUUGUCUGUCUGGUCUAUCUUUAGAUAUCAUAUCAAAUGUAAACACAAACCAAUAUGUCUCAAACUGAAUCUGUUCCUUCAAAACUAGGGUCCAUUUUUCAUUUUUUUAUAUAUAUAUAAUCUUCUCCUCCAUUUCACUUGAUGGAAUGGAACAACCACCAUUAGAGUAACCUAUAUAGAACAACAAACACUAUUUGCUUCUUCAUUGUAGCUUCUCUUAGACAUACAAAAUUGUCUGCAACUGCAUAUAUCAGAAAAUCUUGUGUCUGCCACUAGCAGAACUUUACCAUAUACCUUUUUUUCUUCGAAGGCUUUAUUUUGUUGAGACAAAGUGGAAGAUUUUCCCUACACGUUUUUACCACUCUUGUUAAACUUUAUUUGUCAUUAGAUUAGAUGCAUAAUCUUCAUGCUUAUUGCUUUAUUUCAGCAACAGAAGAAAAAGCGUGACAUGGUUAAAACCAUGGCUAUAAAUACGGCCUAGUCCAUAGGAUUCAACCUCAAGAAUUGAGACACCAAACUACUAUAUAUACCUCUUUUGUAGCCUCGAGGAUUCGAAUUCAAAACUCAUAACAUGCCAUUUUCGAGAGUCAGAGCCUUCUUCCAGAGGUUCUGGUUGGACGAAAUGGAAAUGGGAAGCUAUACACAUAGUAGCUUUUUGUCUAGUGAUCUUUUACCGUCUCUUGGCGCUCAAAUAAACCAGGAAACUAAACGCCGAAAAUACGUUAUCUAUCCGUUCAAUCCUAAGUAUAGGGUUUGGGAGUUGUUGCUGGUUGUUCUAGUCAUAUACUCAGCUUGGAUAUGUCCCUUUGAGUUUGCCUUUCUGAUUUAUAAGCAAAAUGGAUUAUUCAUCAUAGACAACAUUGUCAAUGGCUUCUUCGCCAUCGACAUUGUGCUUACAUUCUUCGUUGCAUACCAUGAUAACCAUUCGUAUCUUCUCAUCGAUGAUCCAAAGAAAAUUGCAACCAGUUACUUAUCCACCUGGUUUGCUUUGGAUAUCUGCUCCACAGCACCACUUGAGACCAUUAGCCUCCUCUUCACUAACUAUAACAGUGAGCUCGGUUUCAAACUUCUUAACAUGUUGCGACUAUGGCGCCUGAGACGAGUCAGUUCUCUGUUUGCAAGACUCGAAAAGGACAUUCGCUUCAACUACUUCUGGGUUAGGUGCACAAAGCUCACUGCUGUAACCUUGUUUGCAGUGCACUGUGCAGGAUGCGUUAACUAUCUCAUUGCAGAUAGGUACCCUGAUUCGAAGAGAACUUGGAUAGGUGCUAUGUUUCCGAAUUUUAAACAAGAGAGUCUUUGGGACAGAUAUGUAACUUCAAUAUAUUGGUCCAUUGUUACGCUUACUACGACUGGCUAUGGAGACUUACAUGCAGAGAACACCAUAGAGAUGUUGUUUGAUAUCGCUUAUAUGUUGUUCAACUUGGGUUUAACAUCAUACAUCAUUGGAAACAUGACUAACCUUGUAGUUCACUGGACAAGCCGCACCAGAAAUUUUAGGGAUACCGUCAAAGCAGCUUCGGAGUUUGCUUCAAGAAAUCAUCUGCCACAUCGCGUACACAAUCAAAUGUUGGCACACAUAUGUUUGAGGUUCAAAACAGAAGGACUGAAGCAGCAAGAAGCGUUAAAUGAUCUUCCAAAGGCUAUUCGUUCAAGCAUAGCGCACCAUCUGUAUUUUCCUGCCAUGCAGAAGGUUUACCUCUUCCAAGGAGUCUCUCACGAUUUCAUUUUCCAACUGGUUUCAGAAAUGGAAGCAGAAUAUUUUCCACCAACCGAAGAUGUGAUACUACAAAACGAGUCUCCGACAGACCUUUAUAUACUGGUUACAGGAGCAGUGAAUUUCGUUCACUACAACGAUGGGAACGAUCAAGUGGUUCUUGGCAAGGCAACUGCAGUUGAUACAUUUGGAGAGUUCGGAGUUUUGUAUCAUGUACUGCAGCCUUUCACCGUUCGUACCACGGAACUUUCUCAGAUUUUAAGAGUCAACAAAACAUCUUUAAUGAAUGUUUUACAAGCAAAUCCAGCAGACGCACAGAUUAUAAUGGAUAACCUUCUAACGAGAUUAAAGGGGCGUGAAGGACUCGGCUUUGAAUAUCCACAUACAGAUCAUGGAUUGGUUCUACAUGAACUGCUUCAUGGAUGUAACACAACAGAAUACUCUUCUCAAGAGUGUACAAAUAAUCCAUCUGGCCAUUCGUUAAUGCAUGAAGGAGAACACAUAAAUAUCAGAGACUCGCAGAAUAAUUUGCAUACAGUGACUAAUGAGGUUCAUUUAGUCGCUAAUAACAUGAUACCUGAGGAUGGUAAAAGUGAUCUUCAUGCUGCUGUGCUGCCUCUGCAUAAGGGGAAACUAGAUAUUGUUGAAAUCCUGCUUGAAAGAGAUGCAAAAGCAAAGAUCCCGAAUAACAUAGGGUGGACUCAAAAAGCUCUAGUACAACAGUUAAAAAACAAGAGUGUUUCUGAUCUUACGAUGAAUUGUGAAAGCGGGAAGAAAUCAGAUGAACAUAGAAUAGAGAUUAUUGAACCACAACUUCUUAAACUUGGCAGGAAUGGCUCGACCAGAAACAGUAAACAGGAUGAUGGUAUUAGAACUAUUAACUUCCCAUUAGAGAAAGCAUACACAAACUCCAAAUCGAGAAAUUCAAAUUGUCCGGGUGAAAUAGAAAUUGCAAGGUUCGCCAAGAAGAGGGUAACAAUCCAUUCACCAAGUGGAUGGAGAAGUAGCUCGCAUGAGCAACACGGAAAACUCAUAAUCCUACCAGAUUCAUUAGAAGAGUUGCUCAAAAUUGCUGGUGAAAAAUUUGGCGGCUUCAAAGCCAUAAAAGUAAUUAAUGAAGAGAAUGCAGAGAUAGACGAUAUUGAUGUCAUUCGAGAUGGAGACCAUCUCUUUCUUCUAGGCAGCAAUAGCGACAAUUUGAGUACAUGACGUUAACAUUGUAUAUAGGAAGAUAAGUAGUACCUUUAGGAACAUAAUGACAAUGGUAUAAUCUACUUUUGAAAAUGCCAAGUAUUCCAUCAAGAUAUUGGAAAAUCAUACAAAUCAAUUACAAAAGGUGCUCUUGGUUUA